AUGCGUCUCCAAUCAGUGCUGGGAGCAGCCGUCUGGGCGCUCUCGCAGACCGUGUCCUGCCGAGCGGUGAGCAGCUCGUCUGCGGCAGAUCUCGUCGAGCACGAGACAACCCCAGCGCUGCCCGCCGGAUGGGCCUACCACGCGCCCGCCCGCGACGACGACACUCUGCAGCUGCGCAUCGCCCUGGCCCACCCGCACGACGCCGAUCACCUGCGCCUGGCCUCCGCCGUCAGCGACCCGGCCUCGGCCUCGUACGGCCAAUACCUGUCGGCCGCUGAGCUGCAGGCCGUGCUGCCCGACGUCUCCGCCGCCGCCGCCACCGUCAUCGAGUGGCUGAAGCGUGCCGACGGCGUGCAGAGCGUGUCGCAGCAGGGCGAAUGGAUCCGCUUCACGACGACCGUCGGCGCAGCCCGCUCGCUGCUCGCCGCCUCGUUUGCGCAGUACAGCUUCAACGGCGAGGCGGCGGUGCUGCGGACCCAGUCGUACAGCGUGCCCGCGCCGCUGCAGGACGCCAUUGACUUCGUCUUCCCGGCCACGCAGUUCCUCGCCGACGGGGGCAGCCGCCGCUACCAGCAGUACUCGUCCAACUCCCUCGAGCGACGCCAGCACAGCCUGCCCGGCCCGCCCGACUGCAGCGUCGACGUGUGCCCCAGCAAGCUGGUGACCAAGUACAACAUCGACUACUUCCCGCCCGACGCCUCGUCUGGCAGCACCAUCGCCAUCGCCGGCUUCCUCGAGCAGCACCCCAACCGCACCGACCUGCAGUCCUUCCUGCACACCUACGGGCUCAACAACUACACGGCCACCUACGACACCGCCCUCGUCAACGGCGGCAUCGCCCCCGACGUGCCCGCCGACACGGGCGCCGAGGCCAUGCUCGACCUCGAGUACGCCCUCGCCUUCACCGGCCCGCUGCCCGCCACCUACAUCUCGACCGGCGGCCGCCCGCCGCAGCUGCUGCAGCCGGGCAACGUGACGGUGCCCGCGUCCAAGUCCAACAACGAGCCGUACCUCGAGUUCCUCAACUACCUCCUCGCCCUCGACGCCCCGCCCCACGUCAUCUCCAUCUCCUACUCGGACGACGAGCAGACGGUGCCGCCCGCCUACGCCGCCCGCACCUGCGACCUCUUCGCCCGCCUCGCCCUGCGCGGCGUGUCCGUCAUCGACGCCUCGGGCGACGGCGGCGCCCUCGGCACCGGCUCCGCCGAGUGCGUCAACAGCCGCGGCGAGACCAAGUUCGUGCCCGCCUUCCCCGCCACCUGCCCGUGGGUCACGUCGGUGGGCGCGUCGUCGGCCUGGGGCGGGCCCGCCACUUGGAGCGCCGGCGGCUUCUCCGACUACUUUGCCCGCCCCGACUGGCAGGACACCGCCGUGGCCGGCUACGUCGAGCGCCUCAACGGCAGCCACGCCCCCUACUACAACGCCGCCGGCCGCGCCUUCCCCGACGUCAGCCUCAUCGGCGUCGACUACGUCACCACCGUCGGCGGCUUCACGUCGACCCAGAAGGGCACGAGCGCGAGCACCCCCGUCUUCGCCGCCAUGGUCGCCCUGCUCAACGACCUGCGCCUGCGCGCGGGGAAGCCCGUCUUGGGCUUCCUCAACCCGCUGCUGUACUCGGAUGCGCUCAAGGACGUGUACAGGGAUGUGGCCGACGGCCAGGGCGCCGGCUGCGCCAAUGCGACGUGGUUCGAGCCUGGGUGGGAGGCCCUGCCCGGUUGGGAUGCUACCACCGGCUUGGGUGAGCCCGAUUUUGCGAAGAUGAGGGCUGCUGUUGUUUGA